UAAAGUAUACCUCAAAAAUAUGAUUUUGAUAAACAGUGGUUUUUUCAUAAAAUGAAAUCAAAACUGCAAGUCAAUUGUGACAAUGUUCACUAGUAUCAUAUUAAUUAACUUAUGUUCAGUUUUAAUUACAAAAUAUAAUUUGUAAAUAAGAAAUCUUCUAUUAAAUGUGAUAACUGUCUGACUAACACUUUGUUUGGUAUAACUUUGCAGCCAAAUUAUAAUUUUUUUUUUUUUGCUAUUUUAUGUUAUUAUGAAUUAUGUUUCUUUUUUCUCCAAGAUUAUUUAUUUUCAAAAAUGGGCACUAGUAAAGAAUCUUCCACAUGGAAUACUCAAACGAUUUGCUUAGUUCAUUUGUUCCUGCGGUCCAAAUACUUAAUUUAAGCUGUGAUGACAGUAAUGGCAGUAUCGAUUGAUGAGAUACGUGGAAGCAUCAAUAUGGCUCGAGAGAUGGCUUUGACUGGCAAUUAUGAAUCAUCUUUAGUGUACUAUGAAGGUGCUAAAUUGCAAUUAGGGCGUUUUUUGUCCACAAUUGAUAAUCAAUCUAGAAGAGAGUCUUGGCGUAAUAUUCAACGACAAAUACAAGAUGAAUAUGAUCAAUUGAAAGCAUAUACAAAUACUUUAAACAAAUUAAAGCAAGUACGUAGUAGUGAAUUUGAAAGAAAUGAAAGGCCAUUAAAUACAUCUAGUCAUGCACUGAAUAGAAACAAUAGAAAUAAUGAUAUAUCACCUGUUGAUGGAGUAUCAUGGUUUGGAACUACACGUCAACCUGUAAAUGGUAGUGGCUCACUUGAAUGGCCACCUGCUAAUAAUAAUGAUCCUGAUGUGUGGCCACCACCAUCUCCUGUAGAACAUAAACCUGGACCCCCAGUCAAACUUCAAAAAAAUUCUCGCCGUAGUGAAUCUUCACGUGUCACUAAUAAAAACUUAAAAGUUGGUCAAACUAAUAAUCGUAAUAGUACUUCGAGAUCUCAGAUAUCCAAAAAAAGUGAAGAUAUGAAAAAAACUUUAAAAAAAGAUACAAAUGGGCAUACUAAUGGAUCGAGUGAUAAAAAUGAAAAAGACAAAGAAGACAAAGAAGAAUUGAAGCAAGAAGAAAAAAAAUUUGAUUGUUCUGCUUAUGAUCAGGACCUUGUUGAUAUGCUAGAAAGAGAUAUUGUACAAAAAAAUCCCAAUAUUAGAUGGUCUGAUAUAGCUGAAUUAGAUGAAGCUAAACGAUUGUUAGAAGAAGCAGUAGUACUUCCUAUGUGGAUGCCUGAUUUUUUUAAGGGAAUUCGACGACCUUGGAAAGGGGUGUUAAUGGUUGGGCCACCUGGUACAGGUAAGACUAUGUUAGCCAAGGCUGUCGCUACAGAGUGCAAAACUACCUUUUUUAACGUUUCUUCGUCAACUCUUACAUCAAAAUAUAGGGGAGAAUCAGAAAAACUUGUUAGACUGUUAUUUGAAAUGGCUCGAUUUCAUGCGCCUUCAACAAUUUUUAUUGAUGAAAUUGACUCUCUGUGUUCUCGAAGAGGAUCAGAAUCUGAACAUGAAGCAUCUAGAAGAGUAAAAUCUGAACUUCUUGUUCAAAUGGAUGGCCUAAGUGAUACAGCUACUGAAGAAGAAUCAGGUGCAAGUCGCAUUGUUAUGGUUUUGGCUGCCACUAACUUCCCAUGGGAUAUAGAUGAAGCACUUAGAAGAAGACUGGAAAAACGUAUAUACAUUCCAUUACCAAACAGUGCUGGUCGAGAAGCGCUUCUAAAAAUAAAUUUACGAGAUGUUAAAAUUGAGCCUGAUGUAAGUUUAUCAGAAAUAGCCACUAAACUAAAAGGAUAUUCUGGUGCUGAUAUCACUAAUGUUUGCAGGGAUGCAUCGAUGAUGUCAAUGCGCCGUAAGAUAGCAGGCUUAAAACCUGAUCAGAUUCGUCAAUUGGCUAAAGAAGAAGUUGAUUUACCUGUGUCUUUUCAAGAUUUUAAUGAGGCUAUUGCAAAGUGUAACAAAAGUGUCUCUUCAGAUGAUUUGGCCAAGUAUGAAAAGUGGAUGAAUGAAUUUGGUUCUUCCUAUCGUCACAACAGCGUCAUGUCCGAAAGUAACCGAAACGUCGAAUUCGAAAUACAAAUGACUGUCCCCGUCACCACAAGGCAUUUAUAUAAACUUCCAUCUGGACAAUCCAAUAAUACACCAACAGGAUGGAUUGUUCAACAAGAAGUUGCACGAAUGAUGGAUUCGUUGUUAGAUCCUUUUUCAACAUUUACAUCAUUUUCAAAACCAGUUCGACGGACGAACCAAUCAUCAAAAAGGUCUCACAUUUAUAGACAAUCGUCUCAGCAAACUCAAACAAUUCACAAAUCAACACCCAAUAUUAAUAGAGCAUAUAAUGAUGAAAAUCAACAACAACGUAGACCUAAUGGUCCGUCAGAAAAAUGGGCCGCUUCGCUCAGAAAAAGCGAUCCAGAAUUAUUACCUGCAAUAGCGUUAAGGAAAGAUAGGUGUUGUUCACAUCUUGGUGGAUUUAGAACAAAACCAGUUAUACCGCCAUUGUUUCCCCAAGCUCCAGCAACUGCUCGACCUCCUGAACAAAAAAAACAAACACAAAAAUCAAGAUCACUUAUUGGUUAUGAAACUCAUUUAAUAGACAUAAUAGAAAAAGAUAUUUUACAAAAAAAUCCUAGUAUACAAUGGGACCGAAUAGCUGGAUUAAAACACGCAAAAACCUUAUUGCAAGAAGCUAUGGUGUUGCCAAUGCUGAUGCCAGAUUUCUUUAAGGGUAUUCGAAGACCAUGGAAAGGUGUUUUAAUGGUUGGGCCGCCAGGUACUGGAAAAACCAUGCUAGCAAAAGCAGUAGCUACUGAAUGUGGAACAACUUUUUUCAAUGUUUCAUCUUCAACAAUGACUUCAAAAUACAGAGGAGAGUCAGAAAAACUAGUUAGACUCCUGUUUGAAAUGGCUAGGGUACAUUCACCAUCUACAAUAUUUAUUGAUGAAGUAGAUUCUCUAUGUUCUUUACGUGGCUCAGAAGGUGAACAUGAAGCAUCCAGAAGAUUCAAAGCUGAGCUUCUGAUACAUAUGGAUGGAUUAAAUUCCAUUAAUGAGGAUGAUAAUAGUCCGUCUAUAAUGGUUCUAGCAGCCACCAAUCAUCCAUGGGAUAUCGAUGACGCAUUUAGAAGACGUUUUGAAAAGAGAAUAUAUUUACCAUUACCAGACGAUGAAUCAAGAAUGGCUUUACUUAAACUAUGCUUAGAAAGUGUAAACCUUGAUGACUCUUUCGAUUAUCGAUACGUGGUUAAUAAAUUAAGAGGUUAUACAGGAUCAGAUAUUGCCAAUGUAUGUAGGGAUGCUGCUAUGAUGGGAAUGAGACGAAAAAUUGUCGGGCAAACACCAGACCAAAUAAAAAAUAUUAAACGCGCAGACAUUGAUUUACCUGUCACAGUGCAAGAUUUUAAUGAAGCUAUUCAAAGAUGUCGAAAGACUGUAACAAAUCAAGACAUCGAAAAAUACCAGUUGUGGAUCGAUGAAUUUGGAUCAUAUUGAUUUUAUAUGUGCCUUUGUGGCUAAAUUGUAAUAAAUGUUGUAAUAAAAAUGUUUGAAUGAAGAUAUUCCUUCCGUUUUAUAAAU